CUCGUGACUCGUGACUGGCGGUGGAGGCUACUUUGACUACUGCUCCAGCCUGAUGAAGAGUGGUGAUUCACAAUCACGAAUUGCACGCAGAAACGCUUCACCAGCACGUCCAGUCCAGCAGCUCCAGCACCUGCAAUAUACUCACCGAGCAGCGGAGCCUCAAGCCAAGCCCUUCACAUUCACAUUCACAUUCACGAUUCACGAUUGCCGUGCACACCCUAUCCUCACUCGUGACUCACACUCGCAACUGCGGGCAGGUGCGACAGGCUCUCCUUGCGCUUGUACCUACUCCUCCUCCCAACACGCUCCUCUCUGGCAGACUCAAUUGAACGUCUGUCACCGCGACCAACCCUUCAAAAGGCGCAGCAUCAACCACGCUCGCUCGAUUGGAGAUGGAGAUGAUGAUCCGGUAGAGUAGCUGCGCUGCCUGGCACCUUCUUCCUAACGCCCGCUUCGCGCGCUGCACUCGCAAUCAGUCAUUCCCCUUCGAACGAAGCACGAUGAGCUCUUCUCCCUCGCUCAUCCCCCUCUCGCUCGCUGACGGUCCGACACAGAGACGAUGGGCAGCUACAGCGACGGUACUGCUUCACUCUUACAAGAUCUAUCAUCUCCUCAUUCAGCCUUUCGCAGCCGGUCAAUCCAUCUCGCCCAUCGCCUCCCUCGCAUCGACCGGAUCACAUCAUUCGAGUAGCGCCAGCAGCUCAAGUCUUCUCGCACCUUUUCUCACAACAUCUCUCUUGCUGGACGUAGGCUUGUUGUAUGCGCUCGCUCGAUUAAGGAUACCGCGUCUGGACCUCAAACCCACCGUGUGGGUCGCCAUCUUUGCCCUGCUAGCCUCCUUUGACUUUUUGCUCGCGGGUGGGUGGAGAUGGCUGCCUACCAUACUUUACGCCUUGCCGGUGGUCGGACCGAUUAGCUCUACAGUCACUGGGCUUGCGAAUACGGUCAACCCGUGGGCUGGACAGCUCUCCUUUGAGGGCAAUAGAGUGGAAGUCAAGCGACUCGUAGCGCCCAAGGAGCGCAUCAUCGGCCAGUAUACGGUUCACAUCCUGCCGUACAGCACAGCCACCUUGUCCCACGAGCACACCAGGACAGUUUGUCACUGCGUCGGUCCUCACGCUCGAACCGCAAGCUUGCCCUUGCUCUUCAACAACACCGAGCCCGCACUGCUUCAGUACAGCAUCACAUCCUUCAACGAUCCUUCUUUGGUCGACUACUUCAAUAUGAGCAUUCCAGGCUCGGCGCUUCAUAGCCUGGCGCAAUCUACAGACGACGUGUCAGCUGGGCGCAAACAGCAGUUGGACUACGAGCUGGAUGACGAUCAGGCCGGCCUAGCGCGCAUCGAGCAAGCUAGACCUUCCAGUCUUCAGCAGGGACAAGUUGUGCGACGCGGAGGCGCGGGCUCCACAGAUAACGCCAUCGUCGCUGGGUCCGACGCGCGCGCGAAGCGAGCAACUGCUGCGACGCAAGGCAAGCAAUUUCUGUUCAACCUGCCGGUCGGUCAGGUGGGUCGUGUCAAGCUGGAAAGAGUGCUGGACAAGAAGCAACACGAUGCGCGCAUUGAUCGGUCGGAGGUGAUUGUGGUGCAAUGCCCAUCUGCCACCUUUCUCGCUGCUCCUUCAAAGGCAGAUGCAAGCGCCAAGGGAAAGACAUCGUCUGGUGCCCUCACCAAGCAAUACAAAGACGGGCUGUUGCCGACUCUUCAUCACUGCCCUGCAGAUCAGGGCGAUCUCCACGUCAGGGUCAAAGGAGUAGCACCUUUGGAACUCGUCUACACCCAAUCGUCCGCUGCAUUCACCCGACCAGGCGCGGCAACCCCCAAAACCAAGUCCGCCGCACCGGCUGCGCACGUCAAGCAACUGCGCAUCGCGAGGAUUUCGAGCCCUCAACAUCCGACCAGCCCGCUCGAUGGUCUCUCUGGAUCCGUGAGCGGCAUGUCCGAAGCUCUGAAGCGAUCCAUCGCUGCUGCAGAUCUAGCCUGGGCAGAAGCUCAAAGUGUCGACAUUCCCUUGACGCUCGACACGCGAGAACCUGGCACGUACACUUACACUUUGCAAAGCGUUGUCGAUGCGUGUGGAAGAAGCAUGCAUCCUGCUACAAGCGAAAGUCAUCGAUCUGCGUCGGAAACCAUCGCGAGCAGAGCAGUGGUGGUGCAUCCCCGGGCAAGGGUAGCGCUGAAAUUGUGCAGCAUCGACAAUCCCAUCAAGGUGCUGCGCAACAAGCUGGACGACAAGAAGCUGAGGAUCGAAGUUUCCGGCGAUGGGGCUUUCGACGGGCCUGUCCAUGCUUUGCUGCGCUACCAAUCCAUUUCGGGAGCAGCACCAAGCGUCAAGAACCUGACGCUUCCCGCGGGCACGUCGGAGCACGCGCUGCAGGGACUCGGAGAUUACAGCAUCGACUCGGUAGGGGGUGCCUUUUGCGAUGGAGAAGUGCUCGCUCCGUCUGUUUGCCGAGCUGUCGACGUGCCUCCGCCGCAAGCCGACGUCACAUUUCACGCCAUUCAAGAUCAGUGCGCCGGAACGAUCGGGGCGAAAGCUUUGGUCAGCUUGUCCGGCACGCCUCCUUUCCGCCUCGAGAUGCAAGAGAGCGUGGCUGGCAAGCCGCCUCAGCGUAGCGUCAAGAGGAUAGAAGCGAUGCGCACGGAAAUGGAAUUGAGACCCAACCUCAACGGCAACGUUACGUAUCGCUUCUUGAAGCUUGACGACGCGAACUAUGCCGGCGUCGAGAUUCGCGAUGCGACCUUCACCCAGAGCAUACAUCCGCUCGCUGAUGCCAGGUUCAGACCUCUGUCCGCGCAGCAACAAGUCUCGCGCACUAAUGCCAAUCAGCACGCAAGGAACGUCAAGAAUGCAGCGACGCAAGCGGAAACGGUGGUGCUGCACAAUUGUGACGGUGAUACUGCCACGGUGGAGGUGGAAUUUCGCGGCAGUGGCCCCUUUACCCUCGGCUACUCGCUCAGGACGGGAGAAGGCAGCACCACGUCCAAAGCUACGCUGCACACUAUUCAGAACAUCAAGAGCGGCGCGCAUCGCUUCGACGUCGAGAUGCCAAAGGUCGCAGCUAAGUCUGGAGGUCUGGUCACGAUGAGCUUGAUCAGCGUCAAGGAUGGUAGAGGGUGCGAACGCGCAUUGGUCGGCUCUGAUAGGUUUUUCGAUGUGCAAAGAGAGGAACCUACCGUUGCAUUCGAGCUGCUUGGAACGAGGGAAAGAGCGAAUGAGGUCAACUUGCUCCAAGGUGAAAAGGCUCGCUUGCCGCUGCGAUUGGUCGGAAAUGCACCUUGGACGGUCAACAUGGCGCUCGUAGAUGAUGUUUCAUCGGCAAAGACUCUCCAGCUGGCAUCCAGCGACGCUUUUGUGGAGGUGGACCAGCCUGGAACGUGGGAGCUGCGCAGCGUUAGGGAUGCUCAUUGUGCAGGAAGCGUCAUCGUCGAACGAUCCAAAUUCCACGUUCAUCCCAUACCGCGUCCCACCAUCGCAUUCGACGUCGAUUCCGGCAACCUCGCACCAUCCGGCAACGACUCGUUGAUACGAAACGCCGUCUGCAUUGGACAGCCAGAUGCGGUGGAUAUCGUCUUGACGGGCCACUCCCCCUUGUCUAUCACGUACGCCCAUCAAAUCACCGGACACGCCGGUAAGCGCGAAAGGCAGGAAAAGACGCUCAGCUCUGCGCAGGGCGCCGCGACCUUGCCUCUUGCAUCCGACAGGUCUGGCUGGCACACGUAUGAUCUGACCGCUGUCGGUGAUGCGUACUACCCUGCUGCGGUCGUCUCGCCAGGUCAGAGAUCUCGAGGUCUACUAAGGUUAGAGCAGAUGGUGCACCAAGCACCUUCCGCAGUCUUCGUCGAAGCCAAAAGCUCUACCUCCUUUUGCGUCGGACAAGCUCUGCAGGCGGUCUCGAAUGGAGAAAGCUCGGUGCUACCGCUCAUCAAGCUAUCUGGCGCGCCACCGUUCGAGGUCGACUUUUCUGUUGGACAUGCAGCCGGCGGGCUUGGAGGUCUUUCGCGUAGCAGAAGGAACUUUCAUGCGAGCGACGUGCGCUCCACGACGCACGCGCUCAGCGUUGCUCCUGAUGCGUUCUCGUUCGACAAGACGGGAGCAUGGUCUGUGCAACUCGAUCGAGUGGUCGACGCUAAUGGGUGCGAGACGCUCUAUGGAGGUUCGAGCGGUGCCAAGGCUGUCGGUUGGGAGACGACGGUGGUGGAGACGCCAGGCAUCGUAUCGGAAGAGAGUCGCUCGGAUUUCUGCGUGGGCGAAAACAUCCCAUUCACGCUGCAAGGCGCUUCGCCUUGGCAGAUCGAGUACGCGUUUGCUGGAAAAACGAUUCGCACCACAUCCAACGAAGCGAGAUUUUCUAGGUUUGCGGAACAUCCUGGCACGUUGCAGAUUAGGAGCGUGGCGCAUGAGAGGAGCAAGUGUGGAAGGGAUGUGCGCGGGAUGGGGGGCAUGAGCAAGGUGGUGCAUGCCUUGCCAAAGAUUAGGAUCAGCCAGGGUCGGCACUACAUUCAGGAUCUGCCGGAAGGUAACCAAGCGGAGAUCAACUUUCACCUCGAAGGAGAACCUCCAUUCUCCUUUACCUACUCUCGCACCGAGCCCAUCGAUAGGAAUCCUCGACCACAAGUGCUCGAGACGCACACGGUGACGAAUGUGCAGCAGUCGACGUACACUCUGCGCACUUCUCAAGAAGGCACUUGGAGCGUAUCUUGGCUGCAAGACAAGCACUGUACCGUCUCUUUGUCCACGGACUCGUCCAGGGGCAAAGGUAAGGGCGCUGCGCAGCCUAGGGUGGAAGGCACAGAGAGGAAAAGGAUAGGAUUGUGAGGGAGCGAAAGUUGUAUGAUGGAGAGCGCGAAUGAGAUGGCUUUUUUGGUGGUGCGAUUUGAUGUGGACUGCGAGAAGCGUGUCGAUUACGUGUAUCAUACCUAGCGUCACAGGUCAUUAUGGUCGUACACGUCCACAUUUUCGUUAGCAUCGCGGCAAACGAGCAGCUACCUGCCCUCGAAAUCCAUUCGAGGGAUUGCGAGAAUUAGAUGGG